AUGUAUCGGAAGUUGUCUAAGUUAGAACACUCGGAAAUAAAACAACUUCUUACAGAAGCUAAUAUAGAUGUUGCAAAGCAUUACGCAACAAACAAAAAAGCACUCGCUGACUUCAUUAAAGACUAUAAUGGUGCAAUAAGUUAUGAUAGAAUUCAUGAGUUCAUAAAGCCGCAACGCGGCGAGGACGAAGUCCAUGCAAGAGCAUUUCCUUUAAAUGACGUUGCUAUUGACUUAUAUCAUAGACGUUCAGUACCUCAUGAAGUAAGAAGAGAAAUGUUUGACAUAACAAAUGCAAACGUUGGUGAAACAAGAAGAAGAGACGACACACUGAAACAACAGAGAAGAGAGAUGUUUAAGAGCGCUAU